AUGGUCAAGUCACUACGCUUCGCGGACGGCGUAGAGGUUCCCGUGCCCGGCUUCGGUGCUAUGGGCAUCAGCUUUGCGCUCGGUAAUAGCCUUAGCUAUGAGGAGGCCGAGCCUGUGCUGCUCAAAGCCCUAGAGCUGGGUUGUACAUUCUGGGAUACUGCCGUUUCAUACGGCGCCGGCGUAAAUGAGAAGAUCCUAGGUGAUUUUAUCAGAAAACACAAUUGCCGCGACAAGAUCUUUCUUGCAUCCAAAUGUGGUAUUGCUGCCUUUGAAGACGGCCAAGUCACCAACUCGGCCUCGCACAUUCGAACAUACAUAGAGGGAACCAUUGAGAGGCUUGGCUCUACACCGGAUCUAUACUAUUUGCACCGCAUCGAUGCUAAUACAACGCUCGAAGAAUCCAUACCUGCCCUCGAUUCGCUCCGCAGGCAAGGCAAAACGAAGUAUAUUGGCCUGUCGGAGUGCUCUGCUGCAACACUGCGGAAGGCAAAUUCAAUGGCCAGAAUUGACGCCGUACAAGCAGAGUAUUCUGCGUUCGAGACUCUUCACGAGUCUGACGGUCUUGUCUCCACCGCUCGCGAGCUCGAUAUUGCAUACAUAGCUUACGGCCCUCUUGGGCAUGGAUGGUUAGUGGACGACUUCCCCUACCAAACGCCGGACGACUUUGGACUCGAUGACUAUAGGCGACAAAUGAUCAAGAAGUGCACGUUGCCACAGAUUGCCCUUGCGUGGGUGGCAGCCCAGGGCAUGAUUUCGAUUCCAGGAACGACGAAACCGGGGCGUCUCCAAGAGAACUGGGCUUCGAGGAAUAUAGAAUUAACGGAGGGAGAGCUGGGAUAUAUGCGCACCAUCGUCGACUCCUUGAAGAGCUGGUUAUAUAAGUCGGUUGAUGUCAGACUCGGUGCGCGUAAUCACGAUGGGUCCGUUUUCUGGCUGAUUUUAAAAGACGUCGCAAUUGGAUGA